AUGUUCCAUGCAGCACAAAUGAACAUCACAUCCAAAUCAGUAGCUCUACUACAAGAAUCCUCCUGCUUUGGGAAUCAUAAAGCAUCUCUCUUGUUGGCCUCCAUCCACCUCUCCAACCUGGGACGCUCAGUCAAUCAACAACAAGGACAUGUCUAUAGUCUGAUUGGUGCAUCAGGUGAUAGCCGUUUCGCCCUGAUGCAUGCGGGAUACAAACACACACAGGGAAUUGAUGGGUUUCCUGAAGACUUGGACAUGGCUUAUAGUUACUAUUCCAAUGUGGCAGCACAGAGCAGCAUCGAUAGGUCCAGGAUUCAUGAAAUUACGCAAUACACACCUGAACACAUUUAUUUAAACAACAAAGAAGAUUUAGACCGCCUGACACAUGAGGCGAAUGAAGUCUAUCCAUAUCUGAAAAUGCAAGCAGAGAGAGGACACAUAGAAUAUCAGAAACGCCUGGGAUCAGCGCUUUACUGGGGACAUAGAGGAAUCGCGAAAGACAUAGCGAGUGCAGUGAAGUGGCUUGAGAGAAGCGCUAUGCAAAUGAAUGAUCCCACAGCAAUGUAUGACUACUCCAUCCUAUUGAUGAAGGGUCAGGGAGUGAAACAAAACUACACCCGAGGUUUACGGCUACUGAAGAAAGCCGCAGUGAUGGGUUCAGUUGACGCCUUGAAUGGUUUAGGCUGGUACCAUGGAAGUAUAUUAAAUGAUCACAAACAUGCAAUGAAAUACUUUGAACAAGCUGCGCUAAAUGGGAGCGCUGAUGGUAUGUUUAACCUGGGAAUUUAUCACCUCAAUGGGAAAAACCCGGAAAACCCACAGAAGAAUGAGACGGCUGCAUUCCAGCAGUUUUUGAAUGCAUCACGCUCUGGUCAUGUAUCUGCAUCAGUGGAGGCAGCUUGGUACCUUUCGACAGGAAACCUGGAAGGGGUGUCUCAGGAUGUGGAGAGGGCUGUGAUAAUGCUAAAAAAGGUCUGCGAUCAAAACGGACACCUUGGAUUUAUGAUCAGAGAGGCUCUUCAGGCCUACCUCCAGGGCUCUUGGCAGGGAGCAUUUGUGAAGUAUGUCUUGGCAGCUGAAACUGGUCUGGGUUUGGCUCAGAGCAAUGCUGCAUAUCUUUGUCAGGAACUGAAUCUCAGUUAUGAUUGUCAGUGGAGAUAUCAUUACUACUCUAUAUUAAACUAUGAUCCCCAUCCGUCUGCCCUUCUGCAAAUGGGAGACCACUACUAUUAUUCCUCCAGCAUGCAAGAAGACUCAUUAUCCUUGGUCGGUCAGGCCGUAUCAAUGUAUAGCAGAGCGGCUCUAGCGGGCAGCCCUCAGGGAAUGUACAACUUGGUUGUUUUGGCUCAACAAGGGCACGUUCUUCCAAGAAGCGUCCAAGGCUUGUUUAAUGUAUCACGUUAUGAUCAGACAGACGUGCUGGUGGAGAAGAUCUUAAAAAGAUGUGUAAAGUCUGAGGGUGCAGACGCAGUAACACCCUGUUCUUUAGCUCUACUUGGAGUCCAGAUGGGAAAAGCCUGGAGGAGAAUGACUCAGAAUGGUGCACAGCUCCUCUUGGUGUAUGCAUCUCUUCUUUCUCUCUGUGUCGUGAUUGUUAUAAUGCCAUUGCAGAACAGUCUCGAACAACAGGUUGCCAGUCACCGUGAGGCUCAACUGAAUGCAAGGGCAUCAUCUGCCAGCCAAGAUGGUGUCAACUUGAACAGAGAGCAAGAUGGCAUCGUGGGAGGAACCUACAGAAGGACAGGAACUCUAUGGCUUACCAUACUGAAUGAAGAGCAGUGGCUACGGCAGACCAGUGAUUUGGCUGUGACACUGUCGGGUGUGUGCCUGUGUGCUUUCUGGACCACACUCCUCUAUCACCUCCUGUGACAUAUAAUACCCACCACAGUGAUCCAACAGCCACAGUAAAAGCCCCACACACUACAUACUGUAAGACCACACAUUUAGAGGAUGAGCUACAGCACUAUUCAUAGUGUGUUCAGAGACAUGUGACUCUUUUUAAGACAGGAGGAGAGAAGUGCUGAUCAGAGU